AUGUCUGACCUGAACAACAUCAAUCUCAAGACGCGAGGACAGCGAAGUGCCAGUGACGACAAGAAUUUCUUUGCGUCGAGCAGAGACUUCUCUUUGUUUUCGCGUCUUCCCUCGUCUGCUCCGUCUUUCACGUACAACAAUCUGCCGAGUUUCCGGAACGUGAGCUCGUUGUACGACAAUCGACAGCCUUCCACGAACUCCAACGUGGGGAACGUGCCGUUUGUCCCCAGAGAAGCCAUGUUGAACGACAACUUUAAGCCUUCUUCGCGCGGCAGCUCGGGCAUAUCGAAGCUGGGUACCAAAACAGUCGACCCCCAGAAACUCACCCUCACCACAAAAGCUGCCCCCGCCACGCCAGAGGCCGAUUUCCUUGACUUUCUGAAAUGUUUGCUCCUGAUCCUGUACCAGCUGGGAAAGAAGGCGGCUCUUUGGGCAGUCUUCCUGCUAACACUGGUUGGCAACCAGGUGAUCAAGCUUGUGGAGCGCAUUCCGGAGCCCGAGACCGCUGUGGUUGACGGGAUCUCCAGCACGCCGAUUAAACGAGAAAUUGACGGUAUCACUGGUUUCUUAAACAAAAUGGUUCCAAACAGUCUGUCCACGCCUCUAGGACAUGUCGUCAGCGAGGAGGAAAAGCCGGUUAAGUCGUCGAGCAGCAAGAUCAGCCAGCUUGCCUCGAAAUUGAACGAAUCCGCGGUCAACAAAAAAGAUUACGGGACGUUCUUCUACAAGCCAACAACGGCCCGGCCGGACCUGGACAUCGAGGCGAUGUUCCUGAAAUCGAAUCUGAGCAAAUCAGCCGACAAAGAAAACUAUAAAUCCGUGGACUCAUCGCAGGAGCUCCAAAAUAAAGCGUCCCAGAUCACUAGCUCGUUGCGGACCAUGUUUCCGCUGGCCAAAUCGGUGAAAGACAACAGAAGCACGUCUCGGUUCCAGAACCUCGAAUGGCUCAAGAAGGACAACGUGGACUACGUGGAGAACCUGGAAUCCAGCGACCUGUUCAAGGAGUACCAGAAGAUCAUGCAGGAACGGACCAAGAUGCAGGAACUGAUCAAACUCACGAAAUCCAGAGACUCCACGAAAGUGCGGCCGUUGAGCAGCGAUCAGCUGGCCGUUGUGGAGAAGUUCUGGCGGAACCCGGACCCUCGCAAACUGGUUUCCAGUGCGUUCAACAUCGACAUCUACACCCGAGACCUUAAGACUCUGGCCGACCGCAAAUGGCUCAACGACAACGUGAUUGACUUCUACAUGAGUCUUAUUUGCGAGCGGGCGAAAAACGACCCCUCGUUGCCGCAGAUCCACAUCUUUUCAACGCAUUUCUACACCAACCUGUCCACGAAGGGCUACUCGUCGGUGAAAAGAUGGACCAAGCGGGCCAAGGUGGACGUGACGAAGCUGGACUACAUUUUUGUGCCAAUUAAUCUGAACCAGUCGCAUUGGGCGCUGGGCGUGAUCAACAACAAGGAAAAGGCGUUCCAAUACUACGACUCGUUGUACGGAAACGGCGAAGACGUGAUUUACAAUCUGGAGCAGUACAUGGUGAACGAGACGAAAAAGUUGUACGGCGAUUCGAUGAACGGCAUCGACUAUUCGCAGUACGACUCGUUCGAGUCGAUGAAGACGCCCAAGCAGGAAAACGGGUUCGAUUGCGGAGUGUUUGUGUGCACCUUUGUGGACUAUCUCUCGCGGGAACGGCCGUUGAUGUUCUCGCAGUCCGACAUGAAGAGUCUGCGAAGACGCAUGGCAUACGAACUGUGUAUCAAGAAGCUCAUCGAUCAUUGA